AUGGCCAUGCCUGUGGAAGUCAUAGUCGCCAUUGUUGGCGUGUUAGUCAACGUCCCCACCUUCGUUCUCGUUUUCUGGCACUGCUUCCGCAGAAGGUCAUCAUCUAAUUCUGGUCGAAGCCAGGAAGAAUCUGUUCUUCUUCGAUCCCCUACCUUGCACCCUCGACGUCUGACAUUCGACGCCCAAUACGCUGUGGCCUUCCCCUGCACGAUGCCUCUCAUCCACGUUUCGACACCUCGUCUUUGACAUGACACUACACUCAACAUUCUUGAUUAUACAAACAGUCUAUGGUAUAAAUCUAACGACCACUAUACUCAACAUAACGAUCGACGUCAACGAAAGCGAUUUGGUGAACUUUGGCACAUCUUAUAUAAACAGAAUACACAUGUUCAGCAUACUUCUACUUAACCUUCUUGAGGGUAGUCUUGAAUCCCACCAGCUCAAC